AUGAAUAUUAAUUUUCUCACAAGUAUUGUGAAAAUUUCAUGUGGAGAUAAAUCAGUAGAAAUUAAAAUUUUUGAAGUAUCAAAUGAUCUUAAGAAAUCUCAAGUAUACGAUUGUUAUAUCGUAGAUCUUUUAAAUGAUUUUGAUGAUCUAGAUGUUAUUGAUGACUAUGUUGGAAGAAUUAGAGGAGAAAAGAAAGAAGAAGAUCAUCUAAAUUUAGAGUUGAAACCUCUUCCCUCUAGUUUUAAAUAUUUGUUUUUUGGAGGAAAAUAAUUCAUUUCCUAUCAUUAUUGCAGCUGUUUAAGUGAUCAAUAAGAAGAAGAAUUAUUAGAUGUACUUCAAAAAAAUAAGAAGACUAUUGGUUAGAAAAUGGAUGAUCUUAGGGGCAUUGACAUGAGUGUAUGCAUGCAUAGUAUAUAUCUAGAGGAGGGGGCUAGAACUAGCAAGGAACUAUAACGAAGAUUAAAUCCUAACAUGAUGGAAAUUGUAAAAAAAGAAAUUUUAAAGUGGCUGGCUGCUAAAAUUAUUUAUCCUAUUUCACAUAACAAAUAGGUUAAUCCUACACAAGUGGUGCCAAAAAAAUAAGAGAUCAGAAUUAUAAAAAACGAAAAUGAGGAUGAAAUACAAACAAGGUUAAUUACUUUUUGGAGGGUUUGCAUUGAUUAUAAAAAUUAAAUUCAGUUACUAUAAAAUAUUAUUUUCUCCUACCGUUUAUUGAUCAAAUUCUAGAAAAAUUAGUUGGAAUUUUUUUUUUUAAUUUUUUGGAUGAAUACUCUAGUUAUAAGCAAAUUUAUAUAAACCCUUUAGAUCAAGAAAAAAUAACUUUCAUGUGUCCAUUUGGUACUUUUCCUUUUAAAUGCAUGCCUUUUGGUCUACAUAAUGCUUCAGCCACAUUUCAAAGAUGUAUGUUGUCUAUUUUUUCUAAUAUGACUAGAAAAGGUAUGAAAACUUUUAUGGACGAUUUUCUAUUUUUGGUGAAUCAUUUGAUGAAUGUUAAAUCAUUUACAGCAUGUACUUGAGAUAUGUAUAGAGAAAAAAUUAGUUUUGAGUUGGAAGAAAUCACAUUUUAGGAUUAGAAAGGGAGUUGUGUUAGGUCAUACUAUGAGUGAAAAGGGUUUAGAGGUAGAUAAAGUAAAAGUUGAUAUUGUAUCUAAAAUGAAACCUUGAAAUUCAGUAAAAUAGAUUAGAUCUUUCUUGCAUCAUGUAAGUUAUUAUAGAAGUUUUAUUCAAGAUUUUUCAAAAUUUUCUAAGCCUCUCAUCAUGUUAUUAUCUAAAUAUGUGCCUUUUAAUUUUGAUGAGAAAUGUUUUGAAUCUUUUUCUGAAAUAAAAAGAUUACUGACUAAGGGACCCAUUUUACAAACUCCUGAUUGGUCCCUUCUCUUUGAAAUAAUGUGUGAUGCAUCGAAUUAUGUAGUGGGAGUCAUUCUAGGAUAAAGAAAAGAGUGAAAACCUAAAGUAAUUUCAUAUGCUAGUAAAACUAUAUUCGAUGCUCCAUUAAAUUAUAUCACGACUGAAAGGAAUUAUUAGCUAUAGUAUUUUCAUUAGAAAGAUUUAGAUCAUAUAUUUUGAGAGCUAAAAUUAUUAUUUAUACUAAUCAUGUAGUAUUAAAAUAUUUUUUAAAUAAGAAAGAUGCAAAACCAUAUUUUUUAAGAUUGAUUUUAUUAUUAUAGGAAUUUGAUUUAGAAAUAAAAGAUAAAAAUGGUUCCAAGAAUGUUGUUAUUGACCAUCUUUCUAGAUUGAGUGAUAUAAGAAUAAAUGUAGUACCUUUACAAGAUGCAUUUCCAAAUGAACAAUUGAUGACAGCACAACAUCAACCAUCACUAUGGUAUGCACAUAUUAUUAAUUUUUUAGUUUCUAGAAAAAUUCCAAAAUAAUAGGAUAAGAAUAAAAAACACCAUUUCUUUUCUAGGAUUAUAAAUUAUUUUUGGCAUGAUCCUGAUUUAUAUUACUUAGGCAAUGAUCAAAUUUUAAGGAGAUGUGUUUGUGAAGAAGAAUAUCAUAGCAUUCUGAUAAGUCUUCAUUAUCAUGAGUUAAUAAUUAGUAAAUAAUAUAGUUUUAGCCUUAACUCAUGAUAAAUAGACUUAUAUUUGUGUUAAAGUGUGAAAAGUGGUUUUUAGUUGAUUAAUGUGAUUGUUUGGGUAAUUAUGUGAUUUUAUACGAAUUUAUAUGAUUUUUACAGUCUUACCUUUGAGAUAAAUGAAGAAAAAGAAAUAAAACUAAAAUAUUGUAAAACGGGGGGACUUGCAAGUGGGUCGGAAGCUCAGUCAAGGAGUAGCCGCGAGCAGGGGCUCGAGCGGCUUGGACCGAUAGGGGCACGUUUGCACCACUCUCCUUCCACGUCACUAGUGGCCUGCCGAUUGUGGGGCAAGGAGUGGUCGUACAUGCGAGAGAAGUGACUUUGCUUAGAAAGCUAACAUUACUAUAUAUUCGUCCAAAAAAUCGGCACAUGACGUGACUCAGUCGUUGUAUGUUAAAUCACGCAAAUUUAAAAUUUAUAAAACUAGAAAAUACGAAUUUUCGGAUAUUUAGAAGUAUUUCAAAAUAAAUAGAUCAAUUAUAAUUCAAUAAAAAUCUCAAAAAUAGUGGUAAUUUUCCAGGUCGAUCACAGGGAUGUAAUAUAAUAUCUGGUAAUUAUUCAGAAUUUUUCUCAAUGAGUACGAUUUUCUUACGGAUUUUAUACUAUGAAAUAAAAAGGAAAUAUAUUUAAAAUUCACAAAAAAAAGAGGAAAUAAGGGUGCGGACGUCAGGAUGACGUCAGCGCCCGGCGAACGCGAAUCAGGCGGAAACAGAGUUCCGCCCGGCGAUUCUUACGUAGGCGAUUACAGACGACUCAAUUAAUCAAAUUAAGAUCUGUAAAAGCCGGAAGAAUCGUAAUUGAACGAAGUAUAGUUUGGUAAAUUAAAAUCAACAAAGUAUCACUAAAUGAAGCGUAAAUUAAAUUGAAAGCAGGAAAACAGAGUUCGGCGUCGCGACGACGAUGCGUCGGCGAUGCACCGGAAUCCUGAGCGUUCGGGAGGAUCGUCGUGCAGUGUCCACGGCCUCGAAGGCUCUCCUUGGACAAAGACGACGUGGGCAAUCUCUAGAUCUUCUCGCGAAGUCUAGAGACCAAUGAAGUGGGUCGUCGAAUCGUCUCCGGCGGCUGUCACCCGGCGGAGCGGAAAAACGGCGACUUUGCGGCUCUCCGGCGGCUGUCACCCGACGGAGAGGGGCUGGAUGGAGGUGAGGCGCGUGUUAGGGAGCUUCAUCCUCAGGUCCGCGCAGCAAGAGGAGGCUCUUCAUCGCAUCUGGUACACUCUCAGGAGGUGGCGACUGGUCUCCCGGCGGAUCGUCCUCUUCCCGACGACGGCUUGUUCGUCGAUCAAUCGGAGAUGAUUUACUCGAUGGAUUGCGAUCCUUUUAUCGCGAAUCGUUCAGAAAUUUUAGUAGCAAUGCUCCGCGAAUCGCGUUGACGAGAUUUUCGCCGAUGAUCCAGCGAUUCCGGUUGCUUAAUCCUUCACCGGCGAUCUGCAGGAAAGUCGCGAUAAUCAGUUAAAAAUAUAUGAAUUUUGACUCUGGGAGGAUUCGAACCUGCGGCGGUCGCCCGCCCCUGAAGGUUUAGUCCCACAUCGGUUGUACGCGGAUUAUUCGGGCAAAUAUAUAGUAAAGUUAGCUUUGUAGGCAAAGUCCUCUCGCGUGUACGACCACUCCUUGCCCCACAGCCGGCUGACCACCGGUGACGUGGAAGGGGAGUGGCGCACACGUGCCCCUAUCGAUCCAAGCAAGCCGCUCGAGCCCCUGCUCGCGGCUACUCCCCGACUGCGCUUCCGACCCGCUUGCGGGCCCGGCUGGCCGGCGGAUCUCCCCCAUUUUGCAAUAUUUUUAUUUUUAUUUCUUGUUCUUCAUUUAUCUCAAAACUAAGACUGUAAAAAUCGUAUAAAAUCACAUAAUUACCCAAAAAUUCACGUUAAUCAACUGAAAACCACUUUUCAUGCUUUAACACAAAUAUAAGUCUAUUUAUCAUGAGUUAAGGCUAAAACUAUAUUAUUUACUAAUUAUUAACUCAUGAUAAUGAAGACUUAUCAGCACACAACCGAUAUGGGACUAAACCCGUGUCACACCUUCCUCAAAAGAGGCGGGCGACCAGCGCAAGUUCGAGUCCUUCUAGAGUCAAAAGUCAUAUAUUUUUAUCUAAUCAUCGUGACUUUCCUACAGAUCGUUGGUGAAAGAUUAAGCAACGAGAAUUGCUAGAUCAUCAAUGAAAAUCUCAUCAACGUGAUUUGCAGAGCAUUGCUACUAAAAUUGUUGAACGAUUCGCGAUAAAAAGAUCUCGAAUCUAUCGAGUAAAUCAUCUCUGAUUGAUUGACAAAUAAGCCGUCGUUGGAAAGAGGAUGAUCCACCAGGAGAGGAGUCACCACCUCUUGAGAGCAUACCAGAUGUGAUGAAGAGCCUCCUCUUGCUACGCAGACUUGAAGAUGAAGCUCCCUAACAUGUGCCCCACCUCCAUCCAACUCCUCUCCAUUGGGUGACAGCCGCCAGAGAGCCGCAAAGUAGUUGUUUUUUCGCUCUGCCUGAUGACAGCUGCCGGAGACGAGUCAACGACCCAUUCCAUUGAUCUCUAGACUUCGAAAGGAGAUCUAGAUGUAAUUGUCUAUAAUUGCUUACAUAAGAAUCGCCAAGCAGAACUCUAUUUCUGCCCAAUUCGUGUUCACUGGGCAUUGAUGUCAUCUUGAUGUCCACACCCUUAUUUCCCUUUUUUCGUGAAUUUUAAAUAUAUUUCCUUUUCAUUUCCUAAUAUAAAAUUUAUAAAAACUCCUAUUUAUUGAAUUUUUUUUUGAAUAACUACUAGAUAUUGUAUUACAUCCCUAUAAUUGACCUAGAAAAUUACCGCUAUUUUUGGAACUUUUAUUGAAUUAUAAUUGAUAUAUUUGUUCAAAAAUACUUCUAAAUAUCUAAAAAUUCAUAUUUUCUAGCUUUAUAAAUUUUAUAUUUGCGUGAUUUAAUAUACAAUGACUAAGUCACGUCAAAUUUUGGCGCCGGGGAUGUAUUGCAUAAUAUUUAGUAUUUUUCUAGUUUUCUCUUAGAGUACAUAAAAAAAAAUUAACUCUUAUUUUAUUUUCUUUUUGCUGAUUUUUUUUUAAGAAAAAGGGAACGAAAAGAAGCAAGGUAAGGACUAGAGCAUACUAAAGGAGGGUAACAAUUAAUAAACUUUUUCUUCAAAUUUAUUGAUUUUUUUUAUACAUGGUUGAAGAUCUUUGCAUCCAAAGCUAGAAAAUCCUUUCAUUAUUUCAUUCAAGACUAAAAAUCUGAAAGAAAAAUUAAUUUUGAUGCAUCCUGAAGGAAGUACAGGUCAAACUGAGAACAAUUCUACGGCCAUGAAAAAUUAUUACAUCCUUGAUUCAUUUCAAAGAGCAUCAAAUAUUAUAUCCCUGUUAAAUUUGAAAUAAAUCUUAGAAUUUUUCAAAUGCUCUUUAAUUUUCAUGGAUUGCCUUUAGAGGAACCUCAUCAGCACUUAGAAAAAUUUCAUAUGGUCUGUGAUUUAGUUAAUCUCUUCAAGUUACACCAGAAAUUAUUAAGAUGAAAUUAUUUCCUCAUACACUUAGGGACAAAGCUAGCCAUUGGUUAUCCACAUUAGAUAGAGAAUUAACUAGCUGGAAAGAUGUAGAAUAGGCCUUUCUUCGAAAAUUUUAUCUCUUAGAAAAAACCCAAAAUAUGAGAAAACAUAUAUAGAGUUUUUCUUAAAGACUAGAAGAAAAUUUACAUGAGACAUGAGAAACAUUCAAAGAUGUACUUAGAAAGUGUCUUCAUCAUGCUAUACUCAAGUGGUAGUUUAAUAAAAAUUUUUAUGAUAGAUUAUUAGAACAACAUAGAAAUAUGGUUGAUUCUAUAUGUGGAGGAGCUUUUAUGGAGAAAACUCCUACUAAGAUUUACAAUCUUUAUGAGAAUUUAAGUGAAAAUUCUAGAGAUCAAGCCUCUUUUGAAUUAUAUGACAAUGAUAAGAAGAGAGGAAUUUAUGAAUUGCAUCAUGAUGAUGAUUCUAAACUUAGAAAUGAGGUUAAUUAGAUUAAUCAAAGAUUAAAAAAACUUGAUUUACUUAUUGACAAUACUAGAAAGCUUUUUAACCCUCAAUUUAAUUCAAAUAUUACAUGUCCUAUGUAUGGUGAGAACGAUUAUUCUGAAUUUUAAUGUUAUAAUUUAGAUCAAUCAUUUUACCCUAAGCAAGAACAAGUGCAAGUAGCUCACGGUUUUAAUAGAAAUAGGGAACCUUUUUCAAAUUCUUAUAAUCCUAAUUGGAGAAAUAAAUUUUCAUAGAGAGAUCCAAAUAAUAUUAAAAAUUCAAAAGCACUUAGACCCAAUUCAAACUCUGAAUUUCGUCCAAAACAAGAAAAUAGAUUUUAGAAAAAUCAGCCCUCUCAAAUCCAACUUGAUACUAUGGAAAUGAUGCAGCAAAUGAGCCAAAUGAUGCAACAAACUAUGAAUCAAAUGAUGCAGCACCAAAAACAAAUUAUAGAGGCCCUUGAGAAUAAGAGAGAAGAGAGACAGCUACCUAGUCAGCCAAUAGAAAAUCUAGAGAAUCGCCCAACAAUAGGAUUUUAGCAAGGGGAGUCUAGUAGCAUGAAAUUAAGAAAAAACUUGCGAAAUGAAAAUGUUAGGACAGUGAAUGCAUUAAGGAGUAGUAAGAUUUUACUUGAUCUUUAUCCCCAAACAUUAGAAGAAAAAGAAAACGUGGACAACCCAAAACAAAAUCAAAUAGGAGUAGAAGAUGAUUUUAUAGAUUCUACCAAGAAAAUUUCGAAAGAGAAGACAAUCAUUCCAUUUCCUAAAGUUUUAGAGCCUAGACAAAGAAAGAAAAAGGAACACAAUGAAGAAAUAAAGAAAAUUUUACAAGAUGUGCAAAUUAGUUUUCCUUUACUCACUACUAUUGAACAUAUUCUUGAAUAUGCUAGAGUUUUGAAAGAAAUGUGUACACCAAAAAGGGCACCUAGAGUAGAAAAAUUAUCUAUGCAUGCUAGUGCAUUAUUAUUAAAUCAAUUACCAUAUAAAUUGAGAGAUAUAGGUGCCCCUUUAAUUUCAUGUGAUAUUAGUAGAUCUAUUUUCCAGAAUACAUUACUUGACACCGGUGCUAGUAUUAAUUUAUUACUUGCAAGUAUUUGUGAUAAAUUUAAUAUUUUUGAUCUUAAACUUUCUACUGUUACCUUAUAAUUUGCUGAUAGAUCAAUAAAACAUCCUAAAGAUAUUUUAAAAAAUGUGAUAGUAAUAGUUAAAGGGUGUAAAUUUCUAGCUGAUUUUGUAUUGUUAGAAAUAAAUUUUAAUGGACAGUUUUAUGAUAGACCAAUUAUCUUAGGGAGACCAUUUUUGCAUAUAGUAAAGAUGAAUAUUGAUUUUCCUACAAGUAUUGUGAAAAUUUCAUGUGGAGAUCAAUCAGUAGAAAUUAAAAUUUUUGAGGUACCAAAUGAUCUUAAGAAAUCACAAGUAUAUAAUUGUCAUACCAUAGAUCUUCUAGAUGAUUUUGAUGAUUCAGAUGUUAUUGAUCACUAUGUGCUGGAAGAAUUAGAGGAAAUAGAGAAUAUAAAUUUGAGAGAAAAGAAAGAGGACAAUCAUCUGAAUUUAGAGUUGAAACCUCUUCCCUCUAGUUUAAAAUAUAUGUUUUUGGAGAAAAAUAAUUCAUUUCCUAUUAUUAUUGCAACUGAUUUGAGUGAUGAUCAGGAAGAAAAAUUAUUAGAUGUACUUCGAAAAAAUAAGAAGGCCAUAGGCUGGAAAAUAGAUGAUCUAAGAGGCAUUGAUAUGAGUGUAUGCAUGCAUAAUAUAUAUCUAGAGGAGGGGGCUAGAACUAGUAGGGAACCACAACGAAGAUUAAAUCCUAACAUGAUGGAAAUUGUAAAAAAAGAAAUUUUAAAGUGGCUGGCUGCUGAUAUUAUUUAUCUUAUUUUAGAUAGCAAAUGGGUUAGUCCUACACAAAUAGUGCCAAAAAAAUAAAGGAUCACGAUUAUAAAAAACAAAAAUGGGGAUGAAAUACAAACAAGAUUAACUACCGGUUGGAGGGUUUGUAUUGAUUAUAGAAAAUUAAAUUCAGUUACUAGAAAAGAUCAUUUUCCCCUACCAUUUACUGAUCAAAUUCUAGAAAACUUAGCUAGAAAAAACUUUUUUUAUUUUCUAGAUGGAUACUCUGGUUAUAAUCAAAUUUAUAUAAACCCUUUAGAUCAAGAAAAAAUAACUUUCACUUGUCCAUUUGGUACUUUUGCUUUUAAAUGCAUGCCUUUUGACCAGUGUAAUGCUCUAGCCACAUUUCAAAGAUGUAUACUGUUUAUUUUUUUUGAUAUGAUUAGAAAAUAUAUGAAAAUUUUUUUGGACGAUUUUUCUAUUUUUGGUGAAUCAUUUGAUGAAUACUUAAAUCAUUUACAGCAUGUACUUGAGAAAUGCAUAGAGAAAAAGUUAGUUUUGAGUUGGGAGAAAUCACAUUUUAUGGUUAGAGAGGGAGUUGUGUUGGGUCAUAUUGUGAGUGAAAGGGGUUUAGACGUGGAUAGAGUAAAAAUUGAUAUUAUAUCUAAAAUGAAACCUCCAAAUUUAAAAAAACAGAUUAAAUCUUUCUUGGGUCAUGUAGGUUAUUACAGAAAAUUUAUUCAAGAUUUUUCAAAAAUUUCUAAACCUCUCAGCAUGCUAUUAUCUAAAGAUGUGCCUUUUAAUUUUGAUGAGAAAUGUUUUGAAUCUUUCUCCAAAAUAAAAAGAUUACUUAUUGAGGCACCUAUUUUACAAGCUCCUGAUUGGUCCCUCCCUUUUAAAAUAAUGUUUGAUGCAUCAAAUUAUGCAGUGGGGGCUGUUCUAGGAUAA